GCAUAUAUAAGUUCUAUCGCUUCGAAGUUCACACCAACAGGUUGUUCUCCGACCACGACCUACCGCGACGUGGAAAGCUGAAGCAUGUCACGUCGCGACACGUCGCGCACGCAGCACACAGUGUGCCAGUAUCCGAACUGCCACCGAACUGUGUGGCAGGAUCCCGAUGGGUCAUACUCCUCGUUUUGUGGUACGACCCAUAGGGAUGCUAUGAAGCAGCUCAACGGUGCCCGACUUUGCAAGAACUGCGAGUCUCGACCAGCAUAUGUCGAGGGCAACCGCGUACAUGAUUUCUGCGGCAAGCGCUGUCGUGACGCCUUCCAGACUGGCAAGCAAAAUCCAGCCAGUCCGCGUGCUUCCCCCGCUCCCGUUUCUCGCUUUUGCAAGCUGCCGAAAUGCCAGAAACCGGCGUUCAUCGGACAGGAUGGCAUGCCGAGCGACUACUGCUCCAAAUCACACCGACUUGACGCCGUCCGUUUUGGAAAGGCGGAGGCAUGCCUCUUUUGCCUGAAGUGGCCCAAGGCGACUGUUAACGGGAAGCUGAGCGACUUUUGCUCAAAGCGAUGCAGCGAAGACACAUUUGGCUCAGCUCCUAUAAUUCUGAUCAUCACCAAUAAUAUGGCACCCUUCCGCGAGGUGUCGAAGCAGUUUAGAGACCAGUGGAAGCACCCUACGCCCGUUCCAACCGUAGUCAAGGUAUGGAAGAUCUACUGCGACAAGGGCCAUACCGACGAGUUCUCGCGGUACAAACUCGCAAUCGAGCGCAAAAUCAACCAUCCAGGCGGGAACAGCAGGCGGCGGUGGCAUGGGACGAUCCGCACCUGCACCAUCGGCGACAGCGAGGGGCAGCCCAAUCUCUGCCAGGACGCCAACUGCUCGCUCUGCAGCAUCAUCCGCACGUCGUUCCACAUCGCGAAGGCUGGCCAACGCAUGAACUUCGGGCGGUUUGGCGCGGGGAUUUACACCUCUGCGACAUCGUCGAAGGCGAACGACUACGUGGACGAGCGCGGCGGGUCGCCGUACAAAGCGAUGCUUCUCAGCGACGUCGUGAUGGGCAAGGCGAUCAAGAUGACGACGGGAGACGAGGACCUCACUGCGCCCCCUGCGGGAUACGACUCGGUCGUCGGUGAGCCUGGCGGAGAUCUGAACUAUGACGAGGUUAUCGUUUAUAAGAACGAAGCCAUUCGGCCGCUCUUCCUUGUGCUCUACCGUCACUGAUCUCCGGUGCACUUGUACGCUGUCAGUGACCGUAAUGAGUACAAACAAAGUGUACGAAUCCAUAUCGUGAACAAAGUCCGGAUGCAUGACUCAUUGUAAAAUGUCUACCGUUUCUGUUGCUUCGCAAUAUAGUCAAGUUGACUGCUGAA